AUGGAAGUGUCUUUUGAAGCGCCCGACCUCGACUUGGCUUUUGAGCGCUUCGCUGGGGCGCAGCUCUCACUGGACCAGCGGCAAGACGAUGACCUGCGGCAGCUGCAGGGGCCCCCCAAGUUCGACCGCAUGCACACGAGGGGCCCCACGGAGAAGAAGGAGUCGCCGCGCAGCAGACUGGCCCGCCUGCGACUCGAGGUGCCGCAGGCCGUCGAGCUCCUCGAGAGUCUGUGCGCACACGCAGACGAAUCCCGGAAGAGGCAGCAGCAGCACGGAGAUUCUUCUUCUGGUGCUGCUUAUGUCCUUUCUCUUAACGAAGCACUUGGAGAAGCAGCACAUGAAGCAGAAACGAGAGUGCGGGAGGGCGUUGCAGCAGACACGGCGCUGCAGCAGGUGCUGUUCAAGCAGCAGCAGCCGCAGCAGCAGCAGCAGCAGCAGCAGGAAGACAUGAGCCAGCCCUCCCUGCUGAACCCCACAGACACAGGCGGCCUCCUAGCGCCCCUAUACUGCCCCACCUCUUGUGUGGAAAUGGACACUUUGGCAAGAGAGGCUCAAGAGCACCUGCAAGUCCCGGUGCAGCAGCAGCAGCAAGGGGGCGGCAGCGGCAGCGCCAUCGAGGUUUUGGAUGCGGUGCCUUUGACUGCGGCGGCUCAAGGAGCUGCUGCUCGGCGGCUUUUGCUGCUCGAAGGAAGACUCAAAAGGCUGGAGCAGGCCUGCCUUCCUGCUGGUCGUCGUUUGGCGUGCCUCCUUGGACUUCACGACGCGGACCGCACUCAGUGGGAAGCUGACUCGGAGGCCCCAACUCUAGCUGAGCUGGCUUCGCGGCUUCACCAGCUGCUGUCGCUGGCAGCAGAUCCUUCGCCGCUGUCGCAGCUGGCGGCGCGGCUGUCGGUGGUGCGCUGCUGCCUGGACGAGCAGGAGCAGCAGCAGCAGCAGCAGGAGCAGCAGCAGCGGCAGCAGCAGCGGUGGCAGGAGGAAAGAGGAACUUUUGACGAAGAAGACUUUUCGGAAUUCCUUCCCGAAAAGAUUGUGCUGUCUCUACACCAGCAGCUGGCCCCUUGCAAAACCCUAGCGGACAAUUUGCCCCAAGUCACUGCAGCCCUGGGCCAGGCCAAAGUCCGCUUCGCCAGCAUUGUUUCGCUUCUGGAGGCGAUGUCUUCGCAAGCAGCGCAGCAAAAGACGCUGCAGGAGAAGCUGACGAGCCUCCAGUCAAUUGCUGCUGCUCUCUCGGGAGCUUCUGCUGCUCAAAGAGAAGCAGAAAAAGCCAUAUUUGAAUUGCCGCAGCGCCGGGCGCAGCCUUGA